GCUCUGUGCCCGGCCACGGGGAGGGUUCGGCGUCGCCGGCCGUCCGCGUUGGGCUUUCCCCGUCACUCUGCACUCUGGUCUGUCCUCUCCUCCAUCAGUCACCUUUAUUUAAUAACAUCAGUGAGCAAACAUAUAAAAAAUCAGUCGCAAACUGACUCCUUGCUAUUGCACACUUUUUUUUUUUUUUUUUUUGUUCUGCCUGGUCGUACACGAGAAAAGUUUUGAUGGAUUGGUUUCCUGAGAAAUCUCUUUCUGAUCUUACUGCAUUUUUUCGAUUUUUGUGUAUUCCUGAGUUUGUUGUUGUAAUAUAUAUGUGCAUAUUUGCAUGAAAGAUUCUUUCUUUUCCUGCUUCUCUGUCUCAUGCGUUUAUCACCCCAUCCACUUUUUCAUUAUCUCUUAUUCUGUAAGUGCCAUAAGUACCUAAAUACUGAAACCAGUGACAGAGUCAUUAUGCUAGAUAAUAGCCGUCUUGGUCAACAGAGGGUUAGCUGUAGGUUCAAGAACAGGUUUCCUUAAAAUUGCUAAAGCCUUCUGGUGGCUGACAUCACCAUCACACUCAAACUUCGCAAGUCAGGUUGGUGUGUGCUGAGGAAGGAGGAGGCAACAAAAGACAUUUUUACACUUCGGAAAGGAACCAAAAUGCAGAAUAGCUGAUCAGCUUCCCUGGAUUUCGCUGACGCCACAGGAAAGCUUUGCCUGAAGAUGGAAACACUGGAGUCGGAACUGACCUGCCCUAUCUGUCUGGAGCUGUUUGAAGACCCGCUGCUGCUGCCCUGCGCUCACAGCCUCUGCUUCAACUGUGCGCACCGCAUCCUCGUCUCCCACUGCGCCACCAACGAGCCGGUGGAAUCUAUCACCGCCUUCCAGUGCCCCACCUGCCGCUAUGUCAUCACCCUCAGCCAGCGUGGCUUAGAGGGGCUCAAACGCAACGUCACCCUGCAGAACAUCAUCGACCGGUUUCAGAAAGCCUCGGUGAGCGGGCCCAACUCCCCCAGUGAGACCCGCCGGGAGCGGGCUUUCGACAGCAACAGCAUGUCGUCCUGCGAGAAGGUCCUCUGCCAGUUCUGCGACCAGGACCCUGCCCAGGAGGCGGUGAAGACCUGCGUUACCUGUGAGGUCUCCUACUGCGAGGAGUGUCUGAAAGCCACUCACCCCAACAAGAAGCCCUUCACUGGCCACCGGCUGAUCGAGCCCAUCCCGGACUCUCACAUCAGGGGAUUAAUGUGCUUGGAGCAUGAGGACGAGAAGGUUAACAUGUACUGCGUGACUGAUGACCAGCUGAUCUGUGCUUUGUGCAAGCUGGUCGGACGGCACCGUGACCAUCAGGUGGCAGCUUUAAGCGAGCGCUAUGACAAGUUAAAGCAAAAUUUGGAGAGUAACCUCACCAACCUUAUUAAGAGGAAUACUGAACUGGAAACUCUUUUGGCGAAACUCAUUCAGACCUGUCAACACGUAGAAGUAAAUGCAUCCCGUCAAGAAACCAAGCUGAUGGAAGAAUGUGACCAGCUCAUUGAAAUAAUCCAGCAAAGACGACAAAUAAUUGGAACCAAAAUCAAGGAAGGAAAGGUGGUAAGGUUGAGAAAACUGGCUCAGCAGAUUGCGAACUGCAAACAGUGCAUAGAGCGCUCGACGUCCCUCAUCUCUCAGGCUGAGCAGUCUCUGAAGGAGAAUGAUCAUGCUCGCUUCCUGCAAACUGCUAAAAAUAUCACUGAAAGGGUUUCCAUGGCAACUGCAUCCUCCCAGGUUCUAAUUCCUGAAAUUAAUCUCAAUGAUACUUUUGAUACUUUCGCACUUGAUUUUACCAGGGAGAAGAAAUUGUUGGAAUGCCUUGAUUAUCUUACAGCUCCCAACUCUCCCACCAUUCGAGAAGAGCUCUGUACAGCUUCUUAUGAUACUAUUACUGUCCACUGGACAUCGGAUGAUGAAUUCAGCGUGGUCUCUUAUGAGCUGCAGUACACCAUCUUCACUGGACAAGCUAAUGUUGUUAGUUUAUGUAACUCAGCCGACAGCUGGAUGAUUGUUCCCAAUAUCAAACAAAACCACUACACCGUGCAUGGGUUGCAGAGUGGCACUAAGUAUAUCUUCAUUGUUAAGGCCAUUAAUCAGGCUGGCAGCAGAAACAGUGAGCCCGGCAAGCUCAAGACAAACAGUCAGCCAUUUAAACUGGACCCCAAAUCUGCUCACAGAAAAUUGAAAGUGUCUCAUGAUAACUUGACAGUGGAACGUGAUGAAACCUCCUCCAAAAAGAGUCAUACACCAGAGCGAUUCACGAGCCAAGGGAGCUAUGGAGUAGCUGGCAAUGUGUUCAUUGACAGCGGACGGCAUUACUGGGAAGUGGUUAUAAGUGGGAGUACAUGGUAUGCCAUUGGUAUUUCAUACAAGUCAGCCCCAAAGCACGAGUGGAUCGGGAAGAACUCUGCCUCCUGGGUGCUGUGCCGCUGUAACAACACGUGGGUGGUGCGACACAACAGCAAGGAAAUCCCAAUAGAGCCUGCGCCUCACCUCCGCCGUGUCGGCAUUUUGCUGGACUACGACAACGGUUCCCUUGCCUUUUACGAUGCCUUGAACUCCCUGCACCUUUACACCUUUGACAUUACGUUUGGGCAGCCCGUGUGCCCCACAUUCACUGUGUGGAAUAAGUGUUUGACCAUUAUAACUGGCUUGCCUAUCCCUGACCACUUAGACUCCUCUGAGCAGCUGGCAUGACUGCUAAAAGAUAAAAGGUAGGAGGACGUGUUUCCUGAGUGCAGCUGCCUGCAGGAGCUUGCCAGAGCUGGCAGACUGCGUGGCAUCCCAGUUGUUGCUGUCGAACCUGGACAGAAGUGAAAAGGGGAGAAUCUCUCUUUUCUGAGUACUUUGUGCAGGACAAGAAGUGGCUUUAAUAAUACCUUAGAACUCUUUUUGCAGUUGCUUUUGUUUUGAUUUGUAUUUAGUAUCUUACAGGAAGAUUUAUAAAUUAUUUAU